AUGAACAUCUCAUUUGACAAUGUCUAUCUAGCCAACGCAACUGAAUCAGUCCUUUCCCAGUGGCAUAGUUCUGUGGAAAUAUCUGGGCAAAUUAUUUCCCAAGAGGAAAUUAAGCAGCCAGUUUAUUCCUACAUUUUGCCGCCCAUCCAACGACAGAUGAAGGUACGUCAUCUAGAUGAAGAAUCUUUGAUGAACCAAAUACUUCUGGGAUUUAAACGUUGUGAAGGUUUUUGGCAAGAUUUGAACUAUCAAGUAACCUUUGACGUUGAUAAAACGACAAUUACACUAAACCUGAGCUGUAUGAUCUUCACGCAGAUGAAAGUAAAGACAUUACUGGAGCAGCCACUAUCACUGCAAAGACAUAGACCGCAAACUCUGAGAACAGUGGAAAGUGUUGACAUUACAGCAAAUUUUCUCAUUCGAGACGGGGAAAAUGAUGAAGGAUGGAGCUCAAUACUCAACCAAAGUAAUGAGUAUCUCAUAUCCCUAUUUGUGUCCCAGCUAGAGUUUCAAUAUCCCCUGGUCUUUUCAAGAGAUUGCCGCAAGCGAUUCUUGCAGCAAGAAAAAUCACUGGGACCUAUUUCUUACGCUUUAACUAAUUCUUCUUCCUUAAUCCCAAAUUUGAUCAAAAUUAUAAGCGAUGAUAAUACUGCCACCACAAGCUACCAAAUUGUGAAGUUGCUUGGCGACAGCAGCAAAUUAAAGAGGAUGCGUAAUAACGUGAACAAGCCUAUACCAUUCGAGAUUCUUAGGCAUUUUUGA